AUGGAACAAGCGAAGCCGGGCCUUGUGCAGCUCCCUCGCCACAUACUUCGUCACAUACUUCGUCACAUACUAGUCCACGCCGGCGUAGCACGGGCUGAUGGCCGGCCGUAUACCUACCACUUGGACGGGCCCAGAGACUGGAGCAGUUUUGACUUUUGGAGCAGCUUUGACUUUUGGAGCAGUUUGGACCCGCCGCCCGCGCGCGACUUCGCCGGCCUUCUGCUCUCUUGCCGCGCCCUGCACCACGAAACAGCCGCCCUUCUGUACUCAGCCAACCGCUUCGUCAUCUACUACUCGCGCCCAGGUUCCUUCGGCCGUCUUCGCGCUCUGUCGCCAGUCGCCCUCGCCUCUCUGACCAGUCUAAAGAUCGUUCUUAACAGAUUCCUAAUCCGCCACUGGUUUGACAUGGUACAUUUUACCCCUAGAAGCUACGAUCUACACUACGACAGCGGCGCCUCUUGCUACCUUGACUUUGACGAACUCCUCGGUGGCUCCGCAAAUCACGCCAGCCGGCAGUGCCGCAUACUGCCCCAAGACCAAGUUGGUCCUCUGUUGGCCUUGGACUCGACGUUGCCGGCCAGGGCUGCAGCCCUGGCCAUGCUGGCCGAGUUCCACGAUGCCGCGGCUUUCAUGUCGUCCCGUGUUGGCGUCGGACACCUUGAGCUUGCCUUGGUCUGCGACAUCGACCCGGGCCACGAAUAUGCCCUCGAGAUAGCACAUCUCGCCGUCGAAGCUCUUGCCCUCUUCCCACCCCUCAGAGCCUGUCUUCCUGCCGAGCUGCAUGUUCGCAUCUUCGAAUAUACCGACUUGGUCGCCCCCCAGAAGGAAGUCACGUACAGCAGAGAGGACCGCGGCUACCGAGUCUGCCACGCGUUGCAUGAAGCCGGGUGCCCACUCGACGACCCCGAUAUGAAUGUCGACUGUUUCUGCCGCCGCCGGCACGCCGCCUUCUCCGUUACCUGCAGCUGCUGGGCUCCCCCAACCGACCUGUUUCUCGUCUCCCGUGCCCUGUGCCGCGACGCCCAGUUCGUCUUCUUCUCGACGAACCGUUUCGUCGUCCACGACUCCAACGCUACCGAGGACACGCAUAUACUCGCUGGCAGCACCGUAGUUUGUCUCUACCCAUUUGGCCGCUUCGCUGCGUCAGAGUUCCUCAGGGACGUGGUACCCACACACUGCCUCGCCCACCUCCGCUUCCUCGAGCUGGUUUUCCCCGCCUACGAACCCGACGUCUGGCUGCAUUGGGAACACGCCUCGCUCCAGGACUGGCGCGCCGCCCUCUUCUGGGCCCGGUCCAAAAUCACCGCGCCCGCGCUUACCGUCCGCAUCCUCAUGGGCGCCCCUAGAAAAGCUUGCAGCCGCGGGUACUCACACGACGACCAGGUCGCCAAAGUCCUCAACGGAUACGAGUGCAUCCUGACCCCGCUCAGACAGCUGGUCGCGGGCGGCGAAGGCCUGCGAGCCCUCCAUGUGCAGCCGGCACACCCCUGGCGCUGGACCCGUGAGGCGCUCGACGUGUUUCGGCACCCCGACGGCGUGAGACUGAUGGAUGAGCGGGCGGGUGAGGCUGACCGCAGCCUCCAAGAGCGCUACGUGCGAGGCCUCCUCCAGCGCAAUGAUGCAAGCGCCGCCGCCCGUGAGCGCAGCAAGGCCGAGCCGAGCCAGAGCGCUUAGCAGUGAUAGGCCAAGGACAGCAGCUACUAUAGUGGCCCACUGAUUCGACCUCACCCAACAGUCUAGCAGAGCUGUCAAGUAAUUACCGCAUAAACUAUGAAGGUGUAUGCUGGGCGCUUCUGACGACUACAUCGCGCAUCCAAAAGAACACCCCUCGCGGUUGGAACCUGGUCUACUGUCUUUUGGCCAGAGAAAAUUCGACACCUCGCAGCGGACGGAUUAUUACUAGUACCCGUGGAUUGGCUCGUUGCCUCGGAGUCUUUUUUUCUUUUCCAUUUUGAUUUUCAGACUUGGACUGGCGUUUGGAGACGUGUAUACAAUGAUAGCCGUGCAUUUUCACAAGGAAAAAGGCACAAAUGAAUGCACUGGUCUGGUGAUCUCAA